AAACCUCACGGAGUCUUUAAAUCUUUGUCUGCCUUUUUAAAAAAAGCAGAGAGAAAGACUCUCUUCAUAAAUCAUAUGAUCUCUCUCUCUCUCUUUUUCCUCUAAAAGCUUUUUCUUGAUGGUUUCCUUCUUCUUGACCCUCUCUUCCCUCUUCUUCUUCCUCUGUUUCUUUGUCCAUGGCUCUUCCGCCGUGGAUACAAUCUCCGGGGACUUUACUCUCUCCGGCGACCAAACGAUUGUGUCAUCCGGUGGAACUUUCGAAAUGGGUUUCUUUAAACCAGGUGCUUCUUCAAACUUCUACAUAGGUAUGUGGUAUAAGCAACUCUCUCAAACCAUUCUCUGGGUAGCUAAUCGAGACAAACCUGUCUCUGACAAGAACACAUCUGUUCUCAAAAUCUCUGACGGGAACUUGAUCUUACUCGACGGUAAUAACCAGACUCCGGUUUGGUCCACCGGUCUCAACUCCUCCACCUCUUCCUCUGUUUCUGCCCUCGAAGCGGUUUUGCGCGACGACGGCAAUCUCGUUCUCAGAAGCGGCGGAAACGGCUCAUCAGCCAACGUGUUGUGGGAGAGUUUCGAUCAUCCGGGUAACACGUGGCUCCCCGGAGUGAAGAUCCGGUUGGACAAACGAACCGGGAAGAGUCAACGGCUCACCUCGUGGAAGAGUUCUGAAGAUCCAUCACCAGGUUUGUUCUCUCUCGAGCUAGACGAGUCCACAGCUUACAAAAUCCUUUGGAACGGAUCGAAUGAGUACUGGUCAAGUGGUCCAUGGAACCCUCAGACAAGGAUCUUUGAUUGGGUCCCUGAAAUGAGACUCAAUUACAUCUACAACUUCAGCUUCUUCUCCAACUCCACAGAGUCAUACUUCACUUACUCCAUCUAUAACCACAUGAACGUGUCCCGUUUCGUCAUGGACGUGUCUGGACAGAUCAAACAGUUCUCUUGGUUAGAAGCAAAUAAGCAAUGGAACUUGUUCUGGUCUCAACCUCGGCAACAAUGUCAGGUCUACAAAUAUUGUGGUUCCUUUGGGAUUUGCAGCGAAAAGGCUGAGCCUUUUUGCCGAUGCCCUCAAGGGUUUAGCACCAAGUCGCAGAAAGAUUGGGACUUGAAGGAUUACUCAGCAGGCUGCGUUAGAAAUACUGAGUUACAAUGCUCUCGUGGAGACGUCAACCAGUUUUUUCCCCUUUCAAACAUGAAACUAGCUAAUAAUUCAGAGGUAUUGACGCAAACAAGUCUUAGUAUUUGUGCCUCUACAUGCCAACGGGAUUGUUCUUGUAAGGCUUAUGCACAUAAUGAAGGCUCGAACCAAUGCUUGAUUUGGGCUAAAGAUGUCUUGAAUCUUGAGCAACUCGAAGAAGAUAACAGUGAAGGGAAUACGUUGUAUCUUAGACUAGCUCCUUCUGAUAUUCCAAAUGGUUCUUCCGGUAAGAGUAACAAAGCAAUGAUAUUUGGCGCGGUUAUUGGCUCGUUAGGAGUAAUAGUCCUUGUUCUGUUGGUGGUAAUCUUAAUCUUAAGGUACCGGAGGAGGAAGAGAAUGAGAGGAGAGAAGGGUGAUGGUACAUUGGCUGCAUUUAGCUAUAGAGAACUACAGAAUGCUACAAAGAGCUUCUCAGACAAGUUAGGAGGAGGAGGUUUUGGUUCGGUGUUCAAAGGUGCUUUACCGGAUUCUAGUGACAUAGCGGUGAAGAGGCUUGAGGGUAUUAGCCAAGGGGAGAAGCAGUUUAGGACGGAGGUAGUGACAAUAGGAACGAUCCAACACGUAAAUCUAGUGAGGCUUCGCGGGUUUUGCUCCGAAGGAAACAAGAAACUGCUGGUAUAUGAUUACAUGCCUAACGGUUCUUUGGAUUCUCAUCUCUUCUUUAAUCAAGCUGAAGAAAAGAUUGUCCUCGGGUGGAAACUGCGGUUCCAAAUCGCGUUAGGGACAGCGAGAGGAUUAGCUUAUCUACACGAUGAAUGCAGAGACUGUAUCAUUCACUGCGAUAUAAAACCCGAAAACAUUUUGUUAGACUCACAGUUCUGUCCCAAAGUAGCUGAUUUCGGUUUGGCCAAGCUCGUGGGUCGAGAUUUUAGCAGGGUUUUGACGACAAUGAGAGGCACAAGAGGCUAUCUUGCACCCGAAUGGAUCUCGGGAGUUGCGAUAACAGCGAAAGCCGAUGUUUACAGCUACGGGAUGAUGCUAUUCGAGAUUGUUUCCGGGAGAAGAAACACUGAGCAAUCAGAGGACGAGAAAGUGAGAUUCUUCCCGAGUUGGGCCGCGACCAUACUCACCAAAGAUGGAGACAUCCGCUCGCUUCUUGACCCUAGACUAGAGGGUGAUGCCGUGGUGGAUAUAGAGGAGCUCACGAGAGCUUGUAGAGUGGCGUGUUGGUGUAUACAAGACGAAGAGAGUCAUAGACCAGCGAUGAGCCAAGUUGUUCAGAUUCUUGAAGGUGUCUUGGAAGUGAAUGUACCGCCUUUCCCUAGAUCAAUUCAAGCUUUAGUGGAUACAGAUGAAGCUAUGGUCUUCUUUACCGAGUCGUCAUCUUCAUCAAGCCAUAACUCUUCACAGAAACACAGCCAUUCUUCUUCUUCUUCCAAGAAAACAACCAACAAUAACUCUUCCGCCUAGUAAUGUGAUCUCAUAUGUUUUAUUAAUGUGUAAUUUAAUAUAGUGAUAUUAAUGGUAACAUAGCAUACUGAAUUUUCUUCUAUUGUAAUAAUUAUUUAUUUGUUAC